AUGAAUAAUCCGGAAAAUGGUAGCGAAUGUGUGAAUUCUGUGAAUGAAAUGCAAAUUGAUUCCACUCAACAAGAAAAUUCAGAAAAUGGUAGCGAAUGUGUGAAUUCUGUAAAUGAAAUGCAAAUUGAUUCCCCUCAACAGGAAAAUCCAGAAAAUGGUAGCGAACGUGUGAAUUCUGUGAAUGAAAUGCAAAUAAUUGAUUCUACUCAGCAGGAAACUUCAUUUAAAUAUUCAGAGCGACUAAAAAAAAUUCUAAAGAAUUUUAAUAUAAAAAUUCUUGAUCACUCACAAUUUUGUCGACUUAAAAAAUGUCUUGGAACAGGAGCAUCAGCGGACGUAUAUUUGGGAAUUUCUCAAGAAAAAGAAUACGCAUUAAAAUGUAUAAAAACUAAUUUAUACAUGGAAGAUAAAAAAAUCGAAAGAAAUCUCAAAAAAAUCUCCAGAGAGCUGGAACUUCUUCAUAAAGUUAAUCAUCCUAACGUAGUUAAAUUUUAUGGGAUUUUACAAG